UCUGUUUAUUCCAUCCAACGCGACACUCGACCGAAAUCAAACGUCGGAAGACAGCGCAGUGAUCUAUCUCGGCGCUUAUUCUGAAGGUUUACGUGGGUUUGACCGGUUGUAUUAACUCGGGUCGAAAUCAAUUUCGCGCGAAACUUUGCAGGGAAUAGCCGCCGAUUUUGUUCGCUUUUCCACGCAUUGUUUUGAAGCUAAUGAAGGAGCUGUCUCGAGAGUCAGACUGCAGUGUAAUGGUUUGGGGGCUAACGUGGAUUGGCAAUCGAAAUUUUUUGCAUCAAAGCCCUGAAAUAUAACUGGGGCGAUUUCCUUUUUAAUCUGGGUGAAAAGAUCUAACCGUCCGCUAAUGCUAUAUAGCUCCAGUUAGCUGUAUCAUUUGCGCGUCCUCGCGCCUCUGCCACGGAGCAGUGCAGAGAUCCACUUCCACGUCUCGUCUACUGUGCAGUGUUACCCUGCCAGCUGGGCUAGGCCACGUCCUUCUUGGUCUGACAUUGGGCGGACUUGAAGGAAGAUGCCCAGUAUGCGGAAGGAAGACGAAGAAGGAAGCAUGAGAGAUGUGAGAAGUCUUGGCCAUUAAUGAUUUGCGUGCGAGGUUUGUGUUUCUGAGCGGUUGCCGCAUACACACGGCAUGUCACGUACACCGGGGAAAUACUCUCUUUGAGGCACACGGUCAAAAGCUGAAGUGACAGUUAGAAUUUCUAUUCGGACAUGAUCGGCUUCGGCGCAAACCGACGAGGAGGCCGCCUCCCGUCCUUCAUCCUCAUCUUCCUCAUGGCGAUCAUCGCCAUACUAGCGUUCAACUACUGGACCGUAUCCAGCAAGCACGGCCGCUUACUGGAUGAGUUGGUGGAGGUGCAGUCGCGGGUGAAGCGCACGGACGCGGCGAGGAGCCGAUUGGAGAAGCGCAACUCUGAGCUCAUGGCGCAGGUGGACACGCACAGAAAGCAGCUGGACAAGAAGGAUGGAGACUACAGCGUCAUGGAGGGCAAGCUGCAGGCCCGAGACGCGCUCGCCAAAAAGUGCACCGACGAAAAGGUUAAGAUGCAGGGUGACCUCUCAGCCCAAAUGACCGAAAUCCAAAGGCUGAAAGAGCAACUGAAUGAUUUGAAGCAAGAAUUUAUGAAACAGGAAGAUCAGCUAAGAGAAGUUAAAAAGAAUAGAACCACCUUGGAAAGAAAGCUGGAAUAUGAAAGUUUACAGUGUGGACGUCAGAUUGGGCAGUUGAAAAGUGAAUAUGAAGAAUCAAAGAAGACUCUAGAAGAGGAAGCUGUAAAGCUGAGGCGGAAUGCAAUUGACGGUCAAAAAGGCGUAGUGGCGGGAAGGCAUACUGAGGGAGCUCUGGGUCUGGCUGAAGAGCGCCACACAGUGGCAAAUCGCCAGCGUGACACUCCAGAUUUAAAAGAUGUCAUGGGUAAGCCAGGCAGUGAUGCUGGCAUGCCUGGUAUUGAAGACAGUGAGGUGGGAAAACUUGAUGAAGUACAAUUUGAAUUGAAGAAGCCAGCCAUCACUCUGAAGCGUCUCGAAGCUCCCGAUGCGGUCGUGGGUGUCGACGCUGGACCUGGUAUUGGGGCAGCUGAUGGCCCAGGGGUACCUGGCUUAUCACUCGACCAACCCCGACUCCAGCAGGACAGAGGGGAAGGCCAAGCAGCUGUGAUUGCCGCCCCAGGUGUCAUCAACUUAGCGGAUAAACCAAUCGUUUUUGAAGACAAGUCAGAUAUCAAAGCAGAUGAGCUGGGUGAACAGCAAAGACAACUUCGAGCCCCAGAUGUCAAAGCAGCAGGUGAACGGUUGAAGGGGAUUCCAUUGCCUGCCAACCCUGCCCAGGUACCCAAACCCAUCCAACCACAUCACAAAGACCAAGUUCCAGCAGGGGCACUCCACCAUCACCAAAGCCGGUUCUUUGACGAGAUCGAGUCCCCAGUAGAUCCGCAACAUGGCUCUAAGCUAGCGGACUACAAUGGGGACGAUGGCAAUGUGGGUGAGUAUGAAGCCGACAAGCAGGCUGAGCUGGCCUACAAUGAGGAAGAGGAUGGUGAUGGUGGGGAGGAAGACGUUCAAGAUGAUGACGAUCGGGAUAUGCAAGGGGAUCGGGCUGUGGAUUAUGGAAAGCGACAUCAAGCCAUCGACAUUCUCUGAAUGUGAAUUUUGUACAGUAAAAUGUCAUCCAAACAUCAGGACUUUCUUAUUUGGACAUGAGAAUGAUUCCGAAUUUACAGCUUGCAUCAUUAGUGCCAUGGACCACCCCUACAAACAGAUUAGUACUACUGAUGAAUUUGAAUAAUGUUACUUAACAGGAUAAGACAAAAGAAUAUACAGUUUAAUCAGUUGGUGUGAAUUGGUAAUGGAGUUAGGCUAGGACACCGGUCUAGCUAGGCUAGUGGUCUAUGCGUGGACGACUAUUUUGCUGUAGGACCGAAUUCCUCAGUUCAUUGCCGAGUAAUCUAAAAUAGCAUAGUUGACACCAACUUUGGAAUUUUUUUUGGUUUUUGCCGUGCUGAGAUGUUUCAAAGAGCUUAUUCUAACAUUUGGACUCUACCACCAUUUUUGGACACUUACAAGGAUGAUUCUUCAGUUUUAGGUUUACAGUGGUGGGAUAGCAUUUGAAAUGCCAAGGACUUUGCUUACAGUCUAUUAAAUCAUUUUUUGUGAACACACAAGUGGCCCUCUAAAUGAUUACUGUUCAUGCUUGUUAGACUCUCCAUGAUGGUGAUGAUGAUGAUGAACAAACCAUGUUACUGAGGAUUAACUCUUUAGGUGACAAGUGCUUUUUUUCAAUAAAAUUUUCAGUUUUCAUA